AUGGGUCUCUUCAGCCACCACCACGACAAGCACGAGAACCAGGGCCACCAGCAAGGUCCCGGGGGACCCCACGGCGGACCCCAACAUAACGGCGGCCCUGGAGGCCCCGGCGGUCCUGGAUUUGGAGGACCCCAGGGUGGAUUCCAAGGACAGCAGCAGGGUGGCCCUGGCGGUCCUGGCGGUCCCGGCGGUCCUGGCUUCGGAGGACCCCAGGGUGGAUUCCAAGGACAGCAGCACCAGGGUGGUCCUGGAGGCUUUGGCGGCCCUGGACAACACCAGGGUGGACAUGGUGGACCCAGUGGACCUCAAGGAGGACACGGUGGACGCUAA